AUGUUAACUAUUAUUACUCACCUAAUUAAUCCCCUCCUUUAUAUAAUCCCGAUCCUCCUAGCAGUAGCAUUCCUCACUCUUAUCGAACGUAAAGUUCUUGGAUAUAUACAACACCGUAAAGGCCCCAAUAUUGUUGGACCAACCGGAUUAAUUCAACCAAUUGCAGAUGGAGUAAAACUAUUUAUUAAAGAACCCGUUCGACCCUCAACAUCCUCCCAAACAAUAUUCCUUAUUGCACCAACUAUAGCCUUAGCUUUAGCCAUAUCAAUUUGGGCCCCACUACCUAUACCUUUCUCACUAGCAGACUUAAACCUAGGAAUCCUCUUUAUCCUUGCCUUAUCAAGCUUAGCGGUAUAUACUAUUCUCGGAUCCGGAUGAUCAUCCAAUUCAAAAUACGCCUUAAUUGGAGCACUACGAGCAGUCGCACAAACUAUUUCAUACGAAGUAACUCUUGGAUUAAUCCUCUUAUGCAUGAUUAUAUUAGCUGGUGGAUUCACCUAUACAACUUUAAUAACCACUCAAGAGCAAAUAUGAUUAAUUAUUCCAGGAUGACCAAUAGCAGCAAUAUGGUAUAUUUCUACCCUAGCAGAAACCAACCGAGCACCUUUUGACCUUACAGAAGGAGAAUCUGAACUUGUUUCAGGUUUUAAUGUAGAAUACGCAGGUGGACCUUUCGCUUUAUUUUCCUUAGCCGAAUACGCUAAUAUCCUAAUAAUAAAUACACUUUCUUACUUGAUUCUCUUCCUCGGAUCUUCAUUUAUAAACCAACCGGAACUAACUACUAUUUCCUUAAUAAUUAAAUCAUCCAUCUUAUCAAUAAUUUUCCUAUGAGUUCGAGCAUCAUACCCACGAUUUCGAUAUGAUCAACUUAUACACCUAGUAUGAAAAAACUUCCUCCCAAUCACACUAGCCAUAACAUUAUGACAUAUCUCAUUACCAAUUUCUAUGCUAGGCCUACCAUCACAAACCUAG